GGUGCGGUGGAUGUCCAGCGGCGAGCCCGCGUGCACGCUGGCGGCCUGCGAGCUGGUGGCUGGCCUCAAGGCGCAGAUCCGGGAGCGCACGGGCGUGCCCGUCGAGGAGCAGCACCUGUUCUUCCCGGGGCAGCGGGCCGUGCCCCUCCGGGAGCCCGUGCGCUUCCCCGGCGGCGCGGCGACGCUGUGCUUGGUCAGGUCGUCGGUCGACCCGUGCAAGACGGACCUGGGCCACUUCCGGUUCCUGGGCGCCUUCAGCCCCGUGCCCUCUGGGGACUUCCUCAAGGUCAGCACCCUGUACAAAGGGACCCAUGGAAAGGUCCAGCACCACAUGUGGUGCAAGCCUGAGGGCAACAUCCAGGUCGCCGUGAAGAAGAUCGCGGCCGUCAGACUGAGAAGUGUCCUUGACACAGAGACCGACGAGCGGGUGUCGCAUUUCAGACUCGACUCUAGCAAGCGAAUCGCAGAUGACGAGGACUAUGAGGACCCACUUGCUGAGAUCGGCAUUCUCAGCUACCUCAGCAGGCAGUCCGACCUCUCGAGUAACUUAGUUAGGAUGCUGGGAGUGUUCUCCGACACCACCUGCGUAUGGGUAGUCAUGGAGCUUGCCGAAGGUGGCGAGCUUUUCCCCGCAAUCUCUUCAGGCCGCGUCCACGGGGAGAGACAAGCGGGGAGGUAUACGAGAGAGAUGCUGGACGCUGUCGCGUACCUGCACAAACACCACAUAGGCCACCGAGAUGUCUCUCUCGAGAACGCCGUCCUGACAAAGGCAGGAGUGCUGCAGAUAAUCGACUUUGGUAUGUCAGUGCGCAGCCACUCUUUCUCUGGCGUGCCGUUUCGCUACUUCCGCCGAGUGGGCAAGGAGUGCUACAGGGCUCCAGAGUGUUACGUCCCAGACGUGGAAGAGGUGGUCAACGUUGUGUGUCCAGCCAAGGCUCUACCAGGCGACGUGCGCAUGGUCAGGCUCCCUUGCGACUUACUGGCGGAGGUUCGGCUCCCGGACACUGCCCACCCUGGAGAGGCUUGCACGUGUGAGGUCUGGGGAUAUGCCGUCCAGCCUGCCGAUGUCUUUGCUGUGGGCGUUUGUGUGUUUAGCAUGUGUUACCGAUGCCUGCUCUUCAAGCAGGCCACGUUUGCAGACCCCUAUUUUGCGUGGAUCCAUGCGCAAGGCGAAAGUAGCAUAGCCGAAGCCAUUCGCAGCUGGGGCAUGGAGCCCUUCGCGUUGGCGACAAGCUUGCUGGAACAGAUGCUCUGCCUUGACCCCGCACGGCGACCAUCGGCUGCGGAGUGCUUGACGCAUCCGUGGCUGGCAGAAUCCAAUGGCUUGUAGUCUGGCAAUGCUACCAGUGCUGUCCCCGUCACGGACCAUUCGCUUGCGCGCGCAGGCGUUGCAACGGGUAUCGUUCCAGCGCAGCCGCAGGAACGGCCUGUGCGUCACCCGCGCGUGCGCGAAGAUGGCCACGCCUCGCGGCCUCUGUCGAAGAGCUGCCCUCCUGGGCGGCGGCGCGACGGCGCGAAGACGGGCAGGCGCGGCACGGAGCGCAGAGGUAGGCGGCACCCCGAGCUGUCAAGUGCGAAUGUGCGGGACCGGCUUUGCCCAGAGCCUGGAUGAUCCAGGCUGUGCAGGGGCAUGGCUGUGGCGCAGCCGCGUGCAUGUAUGGUGGCAGCCAGCCCCGUGCCUGCUACUGCUGCCACCUCGCUUUGCGCUCCUCUCCAGCGCCUUCGGCCUCGCGCUGCUCUCCACCGCUGGUCGACCUGCCACGUUCGAUUGCAUGCAGGACGGAA